UGGUCGACCCUGCUGUCCAUGCACUCUUAUGAUUUUCCUGGCCUUUACCUUUCGAUAUCUGUGUGCUGUAUCUUGAGGCGCUACGCUUCUCUCUUGUUCUAAUCCCUCGCCAUCUCAAACUAGACGAUUCCUUGUGUCAGUCGCCUUCUCCGAUCGUGACCGCGGCGGCAUCUCGAAUCUCCAAGCCAUCAUCGAACCCUCUGUCGCUCUUUGCGCUGUUCAAAAACGCAGAUACAAGUACAAUUGAUCAAGCCACCACAGCGGCCCGAGCUCUCACUAUUCCACCAUGGAUCAUUCCCGAGAUCCCUGUCCCUGGGUUGCCUUGUCCGACUUUGGCGGAGCGUUCUGUAUGGGAGCUCUAGGAGGUACAUUAUGGCACGGAAUCAAGGGUUUCAGGAAUUCACCCUACGGCGAACGACGAAUAGGCAUGAUCACAGCCAUCAAGGCUCGAGCGCCCGUUACAGGAGGUAACUUUGGAGUAUGGGGCGGUAUGUUCAGCACUUUCGAUUGCGCAGUCAAGGGCAUCCGCAAGAAGGAGGAUCCAUACAACUCUAUCAUCGCCGGAUUCCUGACGGGAGGUUCGCUGGCGAUAAGAGGAGGUUACAAGGCGGCCCGGAACGGUGCCAUCAUGUGCGCUAUCUUCCUCGCUGUUAUCGAGGGUGUUGGUAUUGGUAUCCAGCGAUUAAUGGCAGAGAACACGAGACUUGAUCUUCCUCCACCUGCACCGCCUUCAGAAUCGGGACGCAUGGCAGCAUGACUGGAAAUGGCCACAAUACCACAUUUCAUUUAACGAGUUCUUUGGAUCGUCCUGCUCCUGCGAUUGCGCAAUUAGCGCAAUAUCGGUCCUUGCAAGAUUCUCUACUCUCCAGCAAGAUUUCCAACUUCGUUGUUUAACGUUGAAAGACUUUUGCAAUGGCAUAGCGGGCGAAUGGACAUAAACGGACACAGGCGAACAAUUCUCAUGGUUUGGAAUGACUGAACAUUCAAGCAACCCGCAGAUCUUCCGGGUUGGCAUGCCCUUUUGGUGACAAGGUGAUUGUUGCUGGCCGGCAAUGCGCUCUGGACAUCGUAAAUGCGGUAGAGAAUUGUUGAAGUGAUGUCAACCGUGUACUCCAAAGGUGUAAUAUAAUGUACAACGAGCGAAGGAAUUGCAAAAAUCGAAUUCUGCUUUGUCACCUCUGGCUGCUUGAUUGUGAAUACUCAUGUC